CGCAGCACGCAGAGCGGCGGCGGCGGCCACGACAGCAGAUCACCGCUCAGCAGUGAGUGUGGUGUGGUGAGUGUGGUGCUCCUCUCUGCCAGCUGCCAUGGCCCGGGGGCUGCCCAGCGCUGCCAGCCUGGCGCGCCUCUGCCAGAAGCUGAACCGGCUGAAGCCGCUGGAGGAGUCCACCAUGGAGACUUCGCUGAGCCGCUGCCUGUCCACACUGGACCUGACCCUGCUGGGCGUGGGUGGCAUGGUAGGCUCGGGCCUCUAUGUGCUCACGGGUACAGUGGCCAAGGACAUGGCUGGCCCUGCCGUGCUCUUGUCCUUCGCCGUGGCUGCCGUGGCCUCGCUGCUGGCUGCCCUAUGCUAUGCAGAAUUUGGAGCACGUGUACCCCGAACAGGCUCUGCCUACCUGUUCACCUACGUGUCCAUGGGUGAGCUGUGGGCUUUCCUCAUCGGCUGGAAUGUGCUCCUGGAAUACCUCAUCGGUGGCGCCGCAGUGGCCCGCGCCUGGAGUGGCUACCUGGACGCCAUGUUCAGCCACAGCAUCCGCAACUUCACCGAGACCCACGUGGGCGUCUGGCAGGUGCCCUUCCUGGCCCAAUACCCAGACUUCCUGGCAGCCGGCAUCCUCCUUCUGGCUUCUGCCUUUGUCUCCUGCGGUGCCCGGGUGUCCUCCUGGCUCAACCAUACCUUCUCGGCCAUCAGCCUAAUGGUCAUCCUCUUCAUUGUCAUCCUGGGCUUCAUCCUGGCCCGCCCCCGCAACUGGAGUGCCGAGGAGGGCGGCUUCGCACCCUUCGGCUUCUCCGGCAUCAUGGCCGGCACCGCCACCUGCUUCUACGCCUUUGUGGGCUUUGACGUCAUUGCUGCCUCCAGCGAGGAGGCCCAGAACCCGCGGCGGGCCGUGCCCAUCGCCAUCGCCAUCUCCCUCAGCCUGGCAGCCAGCGCCUACAUCCUCGUCUCCACCGUGCUCACCCUCAUGGUGCCCUGGCACAGCUUGGAUCCCGACUCAGCCCUCGCUGACGCCUUCUACCGGCGGGGCUACAGCUGGGCUGGCUUCAUCGUGGCGGCUGGCUCCAUCUGCGCCAUGAACACCGUCCUGCUCAGCAACCUCUUCUCCCUGCCACGCAUCGUCUACGCCAUGGCGGCCGACGGGCUGUUCUUCCAGGUGUUCGCCCGCGUGCACUCUCGGACGCAGGUGCCCGUGGUCGGCAUCCUGGUGUUCGGGGUCCUCAUGGCUCUCCUGGCACUGCUGCUGGACCUGGAGGCGCUGGUGCAGUUCCUGUCCAUCGGCACCCUGCUGGCCUACACCUUCGUGGCUGCUAGCAUCAUCGUGCUGCGUUUCCAAAAGGCUUCCCCGCCCAGCUCCCCCGGCCCGGCCAGUCCUGGCCCCCUGGGCAAGCAGCACGACUCCUUCUCGGACCACAUCCAGCUGGUGGAGGCCGCGCAGGCUUCAGUGGCUGAGCCUGGGCACCUGCGACCGGCCCUGAAGCCCUACCUGGGCUUCCUGGGCAGAUGCGGCCCCGGAGCCGCCAUAACCUGGGCGCUCGGCUUCCUGGUGGCCUCGGCCAUCAUCCUGGACUGCGUGGUGGUCUUCGGGGACUCAGCCCUGAGCCUGCCACGCUGGGGCUACGUCCUGCUGCUGCUGCUCAGUGGUAUCGUGUUUUUGCUCAGCCUCCUGGUCCUGGGGGUCCACCAGCAGCAGCACCGACAGGACACUUUCCAGAUUCCCCUGGUGCCCCUGACGCCAGCCCUGAGCAUCCUCCUGAACAUUUGCCUCAUGCUGAAGCUGAGCUACCUCACCUGGCUACGCUUCUCCAUCUGGCUGUUGAUCGGACUCGCCGUGUAUUUCGGCUACGGCAUCAGGCACAGCAAGGAGAACCAGCGGGAGUUACCGGGGCCGAUCACCACUCGCUACGUGGUGUUCCCCAGCAGCAGCCUGGAGGAGUCCGUGCAGCCCGUGCAGCCCCCCAGCCAGGCGCCAGCCCACGAGCCUGGCUGCACCAAGUAGCUGGCCAGGGCGGGAGGCCAGCGAGGACUGCCCAUGCUUGCCCUGCCUUCCCCACCGCAUCGGGAGGCUCGAAGGGCUUGGUGGGGAGCUUCUUCUGUCCAGGGCAGCUUGAGUGUGUAGGCCUGC